CCGCCUUUAAGCCCCGGCCGCUGCUUUGCGCGGUGACGGCGCAGGACCGGGCGCGGGACGCAAAGUCCCCGGGGAGAACUUGGCCGCGAGCCCCGGCGCUCGGGCCGGCCCACGCCCGCGAGCCUGGGGAAUGACUGGCGAGGGCAGGGGCCGGACCCGGCUCCCUGCUGACUCAGCGCGCCCCGGCUUCCCAGCCCCGGCCGGGCCGCGCACGGCCCUUAAAAGGAGUCGGGCUCCCUCUCGGGGCGGUCGGGCAGCGGGGACCUGCCGGGAGCGAGAGAGCCGGGCCGCUCCUGCCCGGGAGCGCGGGGAGGCGCCGCGGACGUCCCCGGAGGGGCCGGGCCGGCGGGGCGGGGGCCGCGGGGGCUCCCACCGCCUCCUGCGCGCCCAGCGGCGCCGGCAGCAUGCUCCGGGUGUUCAUCCUCUACGCGGAGAACGCCCGCACCGGGGACAGCGACAUCACCGACGCCUACUGCUCCGUGGUCUUCCAAGGAGUGAAGAAGCGAACUAAGGUCGUCAAGAACAGUGUGAAUCCUGUGUGGAAUGAGGGAUUUGAGUGGGACUUAAAGGGCAUUCCCUUGGACCAUACCUCUGAGCUGCACGUGGUGGUCAAAGACCAUGAGAAGGUCGGAAGGAACAGGUUCCUGGGGGAAGCCCGAGUCCCCCUCCGGGAUGUCCUCACCAACCCAAAUCUGGCCGCCAGCUUCAACGCCCCCCUUCUGGACACCAAGAGGCAGCCGAUGGGAGCGUCCCUGGUGCUGCAGGCCUCCUACCUCCCUCCUCCUGGAGCUGCCCCCCUGUUCCCUCCCCCCGCCCCGGCGGACGCCUCUCCUUCCCUGCCUGAGAUGGACAUGAGUGCUGACACGGGGGGAGAGGAGGAUGUGGAAGACCAGGGACUCACAGGAGAGGAACGGCCCUCUCCGGACAAGAGUGCUCCCCCUGGACCCCCCCAAAAGAAGCUUCCCCCCACCCUUGGCGCACCAGGCCCUCAGAGGAAAGGGGCCCCGAAGCUGCUGUCCGACAAGCCUCAGGACUUCCAGAUCAGGGUCCAAGUGGUAGAGGGACGCCAAUUACCCGGGGUCAACAUCCGGCCGGUGGUCAAGGUCACGGCCGCUGGGCAGACCAAGAGAACAAGAAUCCGCAAAGGCAACAGCCCGGUCUUUGAUGAGACUCUUUUCUUCAAUGUCUUUGAUUCUCCAUUGGAGCUGUUUGAUGAACCCAUCUUUAUUACGGUCGUGGAUUCCCGUUCGCUCAGAACAGACGCUCUUAUUGGGGAGUUUCGGAUGGACAUUGGAUCCGUUUACGCAGAACCCAGACACGCCUAUCUCAGGAAGUGGCUGCUGCUUUCCGACCCUGAUGACUUCUCAGCAGGGGCCAAAGGCUACCUAAAAGUCAGCCUUUUUGUGCUGGGCCCGGGAGAUGAAGCCCCCUUGGAAAGGAAAGAGGCCGCAGAAGACAAGGAGGACAUCGAGGGAAACCUGCUGCGUCCCACCAGCGUGGCCCUGCGUGGGGCUCAUUUUUGCCUGAAGGUCUUCCGGGCUGAGGAUCUGCCCCAGAUGGAUGAUGCGGUGAUGGACAGCGUGAAGCAGAUCUUUGGCUUUGAAAGCAACAAGAAGAACCUGGUCGACCCCUUCGUGGAAGUCAGCUUUGCGGGCAGGAUGCUCUGCAGUAAAAUUUUGGAGAAGACGGCUUACCCUCAGUGGAACCAAAACAUCACGCUGCCGGCCAUGUUUCCCUCAAUGUGUGACAAGAUGAGGAUUCGGGUCAUGGACUGGGACCGUCUGACACACAAUGACAUCGUGGGCACCACUUACCUGUGUAUGUCGAAAAUAUCCGCAUCUGGAGGAGAAAUAGAAGAGGAGCCGCCCGGUGUGGCCAGCCCUUACCGUGCCUCCGACCUUGACGACGGGCUGGGUUUCCUCCCCACCUUUGGACCUUGCUACGUCAACCUUUAUGGCAGUCCCAGAGAAUUCACUGGCUUUCCUGACCCCUAUGAGGAGCUCAAUCUAGGCAAGGGAGAAGGCGUGGCCUAUCGGGGCCGGCUGCUGGUGUCCCUGGAGACCAAGCUGGUGGAGCACACGGAGCAGCGGGUGGACGACAUUCAUGGCGACGACAUCCUGCGGGUGGAGGUACCAGCAGUGGGAUCGGGACAAGGGGCCGCCGCCGGACCUCUCUGGGCAUCGGUCUGCUCUGCCAACCGGGAGCUCUCAGUGUGGGCGCGCCCCCUCCGGGGCGGGGGCGGAGCAGCCACGCCCCGGGGGGCGGGGCCCGGGGCCCCUCCCAGAGAGAGCCGCUCGCCCCUGGGAACUACCUCCCGGGCGCAAGUGCCGCUGUUGCCCCCUUCUCCGGCCACCCAUGCGCAGGGCCGUGGGCGGCCCAUCCAGUUCGGGGUCCAGCCCGGGAACUACGGGAACAAGAAACCACCGACCUGCCUGCCGCUGGCCUCCACCACCCAGUACAGCCGCGCCGUCUUCGACGGGUGUCACUACUACCUGCCCCUGGGGCAGCGUGGAAAACCCGUGGUGGUGCUCUCCCUCGUGCUGGGAGGGACAUCAGCCACCGAGGCCGGCCUGAACCAGGUCCACGUGGCCCUCAAGGCUCACUUCCCCGCCGAAGAGCUCGACGGCUUGGUGGCGCAGGUGAUCGACAGCCUCAUCUCCGGGCCCACCCGUCAGCCUCUGGUGGACGUCAGGGAGAAGCCGGCAGCCACACACCUGGACCACUACCUGUACCGCCUGCGUACCAGCACCCUGAGCCAGCUGCCGGCCCCUGGAGCGGCCGCGGGGCCCCGGGGCCUGAUGGCCGCCCUGGAGCAGGCCGAGGACUGGCUGCUGCGCCUGCGGGCCCUGGCCGGGAGGCCCCAGAACAGCCUGCCCGACGUGGUGAUCUGGAUGCUGCAGGGGGACAAGCGUGUGGCCUACCACCGCCUGCCGGCCCACGAGAUCCUCUUCUCCAGGGGGGGGGCCCGGCGCUGCGGCAAGAACUGCGGGAAGCUGCAGACCAUCUUUCUGAAAUACCCGAUGGAGGGUGUGAAGGGCUCCAAGAUGCCGGCCCAGAUCCGCGUCCAGCUCUGGCUGGGUCUCUCGGUGGAUGAGAAGGAGCUAAACAAGUUCGCUGAGGGGAAGCUCUCUGUCUUUGCCGAAACCUAUGAGAACCAGACCAAGCUGGCCUUGAUGGGCACCUGGGGGACCAUGGGACUCACCUACCCCAAGUUCUCCGAUGUCACCAGCAAGAUCAAGCUGCCCAAAGACAGCUUCCGGCCCUCGGCGGGCUGGGACUGGGCUGGGGACUGGUUCGUGAGCCCCGAGAAAACGCUGCUGCACGAUGCGGACGCCGGCCACCUGAGCUUUGUGGAGGAGGUGUUUGAGAACCAAACCCGCCUGCCCGGAGGCCAGUGGAUCUACAUGAGCGACAACUACACAGAUGUGAAUGGAGAGAAGGUGCUUCCCAAGGACGAUAUCGUCUGCCCCGUGGGGUGGAAGUGGGAAGAUGAAGAAUGGUCUACGGAUCUCAACCGAGCUGUUGAUGAACUAGGCUGGGAGUACGGCCUCACCAUCCCGCCCGAGCGGAAGCCCAAGCACUGGGUUCCGGCCGAGAAGAUGUAUCACACCAGCCGACGGCGCCGCUGGGUCCGCCUGCGAAGGAGGGACCUCAGCCAGAUGGAGGCACUGAUAAAGCACCGGAAGGCAGAGUCCGAGGGGGAGGGAUGGGAAUACGCGUCUCUCUUUGGCUGGAAGUUCCACAUGGAGUACCGGAAGACGGACGCCUUCCGCCGUCGCCGAUGGCGCCGCCGCAUGGAGCCUCUGGAGAGGACGGGCGCGGCGGCCGUCUUUGCCCUGGAAGGGGCUCUGGGCGGCGUGGUGGAUGACAAGAGCGAAGACUCCAAGUCAAUCUCUACCUUGAGUUUCGGGGUCAACAGGCCCACGAUUUCCUGCAUCUUUGACUAUGGGAACCGCUACCAUCUCCGCUGCUACAUGUACCAGGCACGAGACCUGACCGCCAUGGACAAGGACAGUUUUUCCGACCCUUAUGCCAUAGUGUCCUUCCUCCAUCAAAGCCAGAAGACGGUGGUGGCAAAGAAUACGCUGAAUCCCACUUGGGACCAGACACUCAUCUUCUACGAAAUUGAGAUCUUUGGGGACCCCAAGACUGUUGCAGAGAACCCCCCUAGUAUUGUGGUGGAGUUGUAUGAUCAUGAUACUUAUGGCGCCGAUGAGUACCUAGGGCGCUGCAUCUGCCGACCGAGUCUGCAGCAGGCGCCGAGGCUGACGUGGUUCCCGAUUGUGAGGGGAGGCCGACCUGCUGGAGAGCUUCUUGCAGCCUUUGAACUCAUCCAGAGGGAGAAGCCGGCGAUUCACCAUAUCCCUGGUUUCGAGCCGAGUGAGAUCUCCAGCGUCGUGGACGAGCUGUGCGCACCUGCCCUCUUCCUCCAGGGCCUCAUCCAAACGGUACAUGCUCCCUCUGCCCUCCUCCCCUCCUCCUCAUCUUCCUCCUCCUUUUCCUCCUCCCCCUCCCCUGCUUCAGGGUUCACAGGUUCUGGGUGCAGCUUCUGUAAGGUGGGGCAGAUUUUAAAUGUGCUGCAGGGGGGGAGACCCUCGGGGUCGCCAAGCAAGGGAAUGCUGGGUUGUGGGAGAGGUCAGAGACGGGGACCGCACUGGGCGCUGGUGAGAGGAAGGGGCCCCCGAGGAUGGGCAGUGGGCAAGUUCACCAGGCCGGGCCGGUGGCGAGUUCCCAGGGCGCUUCAGGGGGAGCCUAGGAGCUGGAUUCCGGGUGUCCGAGAAAGACAAAAUCCGCCCCUGUGGGAGACACAAAAUGUUGCCCACGGCCCCCUGUCUCUCCUGUCCCCGCAGAUCCUGGCCUGGGGCCUCCGCAACCUCAAGAGCUUCCAGCUGGCCAGCAUCACGUCCCCGAGCCUGGUGGUAGAGUGCGGGGGGCAGGCGGUGCAGUCCUGCGUCAUCAAGAACAUCAGGAAGAACCCCAACUUCGACGUCAGCACCCUCUUCAUGGAUGUGGUGAGGGCCGGCCCCGCCCAUCCUCCUCCUCGCGGCCCGUCCCAUCCAUUCCUGGGAGUUUCUGGGACCCCUGCUGGGCGAGAGCCCCUCCAGACAUGGCCGUCGGCCCUGAUGGGGGAGGUGGGGGGGAGUGAUGGCAUCUGGGGGCUGGCCUUCCUUCCUCCCCUCCCUGCAGAUGAUGUCAGCAUGCUGACCCCCAGGGAGGAAGUGCUGAUCGACAUCGAUGACAAGGAGCCUCUCAUCCCCGUGCAGCUUGCGGACGGUAUGAUUGGCUCAGCCCCCACUAACUUGAAGUCUUCAUCUGGCGUCCAUGAGGAGGAGUUUGUUGAUUGGUGGAGUAAAUUCUACGCCUCAACGGGAGAGAACGAAAAAUGCAGAAUCUACCUGGAGAAGGGGUUCGACACCCUGCAGGUGUAUGAGACCGAGCUGGAGAACGUGGAAGGCUUUGAAGGUCUAUCCGAUUUUUGUAACACCUUCAAACUGUAUCGGGGGAAGACCCAGGAAGAGAUAGAGGACCCGUCUGUAAUCGGGGAGUUCAAGGGACUGUUCAAAAUCUACCCCCUCCCGGAUGACCCGGCUGUCCCCUUGCCCCCGAGGCAGUUUCACCAGCUGCCCGCCCAGGGACCCCAGGAGUGUCUCGUCCGUGUUUACAUCAUCCGAGCUUUUGGCCUGCAGCCCAAGGACCCCAACGGAAAGUGUGACCCUUACAUCAAGAUUUCCGUGGGGAAAAAAUCAGUGAAUGACCAGGAAAACUACGUUCCCUGCACUCUGGAACCUGUGUUUGGGAAGAUGUUCGAGCUGACCUGCACGCUGCCUCUGGAGAAGGACCUCAGGGUCAUGCUGUAUGACUAUGACCUCCUCUCUAAGGAUGAGAAGAUUGGGGAGACGGUCAUUGACUUGGAGAACCGGUUCCUGUCCAAGUUUGGGGCACGAUGUGGCCUCCCCCAGACCUACUGCAUCUCGGGCCCGAACCAGUGGCGAGACCAGCUGCGUCCCACUCAGCUCCUGCAUCUCUUCUGCCAGCAGAACAAGGCCAAAGCCCCUGUGUACCACCAGGACCGGGUGGUCUUCCAGGAUACCGAGGUCACCCUUGAGGACAUCGAGAAUGGCAAGGUGGCAAAUCCCCACUUGGGCCCGGUGGAGGAGCGGCUGGCGCUGGCGGUACUGAGGCAGCAGGGCCUGGUCCCGGAGCACGUGGAGAGCCGGUCCCUCUACAGCCCCCUGCAGCCGGACAUCGAGCAGGGGAAGCUACAAAUGUGGAUUGACUUAUUCCCAAAGGCCCUUGGGACGCCCGGACCUCCCUUCAAAAUUACUCCUCGCAAAGCCAAGAGGUUUCUCCUGCGAUGUAUCAUUUGGAACACCAAAGAUGUCAUCUUGGAUGACGUCAGCAUCACCGGGGAGAAGAUGAGUGAUAUCUAUGUCAAAGGUUGGAUGCUUGGCUUUGAGGAGCACAAGCAAAAGACAGAUGUUCACUAUCGCUCGCUGGGAGGAGAGGGCAACUUUAACUGGCGCUUCAUCUUCCCCUUCGACUACAUGCCUGCCGAGCAAGUCUGCACGGUCGCAAAGAAGGAGCGCUUUUGGAAUCUGGACAAGACAGAAAGCAAGAUUCCCGCCAAUCUCAUGCUCCAGAUCUGGGACAAUGACAAGUUCUCCUUUGAUGAUUAUUUGGGUUCCCUUCAGCUGGAUCUCCAUCGGAUGCCCAAACCGGCCAAGACCGCUGAAAAGUGCUCCCUGGACCAGUUGGACGAUGUCUUCCACCCAGAAUGCUUUGUGUCCCUUUUUGAGCAGAAAUCAGUGAAGGGCUGGUGGCCCUGCACGGUGGAUCUGGAAGAAAAAAGGACGCUUGCAGGCAAGUUGGAAAUGACUUUGGAAAUUGUUUCCGAGUCAGAACAUGAAGAACGACCUGCUGGGAUGGGCCGUGAUGAACCCAACAUGAACCCCAAGCUGGAGGAUCCAAAGCGGCCAGACACAUCCUUCCUCUGGUUCACGUCCCCGUAUAAAACAAUGAGAUAUAUCAUCUGGCGGAGGUUCAGGUGCUUCAUUAUCCUCUUCAUCAUCCUCUUCAUCCUGCUCCUUUUCCUUGGAAUCUUCAUUUAUGCUUUCCCGAACUAUGCCGCCAUGAAGCUGGUGAGACCCUUCAGCUAGCCCACCUCUGGAGGCGCCCCAGGAGCAGGGCCCCAGCACCCCCAAGACUUUCUCCACCGCUGUCCCGCUCCUCUGUCACCCAACCCCAGCUCGUCCAGGCAGUGGGAGCUGUCUCCAGCUCAAGGAAUGGGCGGGAGGGAAUCUGGUGCCCCAGGAUCCCCAAAGCCGGGAAGCUCCUCCUGUCUCAAACACUCCUCCCUUGGACUUUUGGGACAACAUGGAGUUUAAGUGGCCAUGACUGCUAUUCUGGGAGGGAUGUGUGAGGAUCCAGCUGGGUGGUUUCUGGGUGUGAGCCUGAUCUUCCAGGAGAGGGUCCUUGAGGGAGAGCGUGCGGGCGGGGGGGGGGGGGGGGGGGG